AGCGGUGGGUUUUAUUUCCAUGUAUGAAUUCAGAGACUUGACUGAACUUGCUGCUGGCUCCACCCUCCGUUAGUCAGCCCGUCUCCUACGUGUUACAACGGUUGCCUCGAACUAACGAGCAUUUCGGGGAGAACAGGGUGGGGAAAAAAAAUAAAUCAUUUCCCCCGGUUCUCAUCUGAAGGAAUAAAGCCGCUUCACAGCCGUCGCAACUUCGUCAACUUUAAACUCUCAACGGCACCUUCGUUGCGGAGAGAAAACAGCCCAAAGAGAGACAGUGUUCCUCCGCCUCGGAUUAAGUUCUGCAUGGAAACCAAUGAUAUCUGAGAGGAGCGGAGAGAGGAGGUGGGUGUCGGGUGUACAAGCCCGUGUGUUUGUUCCUCUUCUUGUUCUGUUAGGCACGGUUCUCCGACACAAGCCUGUUUGGGUUCUGACACAUGUGGGAAAAGUAGUCCCAACUGUUGCUGCUGCUGCGUGAUCUAAAUCACCCGAAUAUAUAUAUAUGGGAUUUUUAAAGGCUUAAUUCCGGGUUGAGGGGGAGAAGAAAAAAAAGAAAAAAUUAUUGCUCCAAAAAAAACGCAAAUAAUAAUUGUGCUAGAAUUAUGGCGUUAAAGGCCAGAGUGUUGUACGACUUCCACUCUGAAAACCCAGGCGAGAUCUCCAUAACAGAGAAGGAGCUGGUGACUCUCUUCAGCGAGGAGGAGCUGGAUGGCUGGCUGGAGGGGGAGAACAGCAGGGGGGAGGCUGGCCUCUUCCCUGCCUCCUAUGUGGAGAUCCUCAGGGACCAAAUCACCUCCAACACCAACAAUAACGGCCUGUCCUCGCCCAAAAUCAAAGCCCCGACGCCCACCCAAACCUCCCAAACCUCCCAUUCGCCCCCAGACGCCCAGUCCCAGAGAGGACUCGGGGCCGGCAGUGGGGGCAGCGGCGGAGGCAGCUUCCACACCAGCCAGGGCAGUGAUGACGAUUGGGACGACGACUGGGACGACGGCUCUCCUGUGGCUGAUGCGUCACAGGGUCUCGGCAGAUCGCCCCCCUUGUACCCGGUGACCACUUCCCUGCCCGGGCGGCGCGAGAGCACCCAGCAGCAUCAGCAAGCCAAGAGCUCGGCAACAGUGGGGAGGAACCUCAACAGGUUCUCCACCUUUGUCAAGUCUGGCGGGGAGGCCUUCCUGCUCGGGGAGGCCUCUGCGUUUGUGAAGGACGGGGACAGGAUCUGCGUGGCGAUGGGGAAGCAUGGACCCGAGUGGCAGGAGGACCCGUACCCGUUCAUGUGCACCAUCGACGACCCCACCAAGCAGACCAAGUUCAAAGGCAUGAAGAGCUACAUGUCCUACGGCCUGACCCCGACGCACACCAACGUACAAGUCAACCGCAGGUACAAGCACUUCGACUGGCUGUACGCUCGGCUCGUGGAGCGUUUCCCGGUCAUCUCAGUCCCCCACCUGCCAGAGAAGCAGGCCACGGGCCGCUUCGAGGAGGACUUCAUCUCCAAGCGGAGGAAGGGACUGAUCUGGUGGAUGAACCACAUGACCAGCCACCCGGUGCUGGCGCGCUGCGACGUUUUCCAGCAUUUCCUGACGUGCGGGGCGGACGAGAAGGCCUGGAAAAUGGGCAAGAGGAAGGCCGAGAGGGACGAGCUGGUUGGGUCCAAUUUCUUCCUCACAAUCAGCACGCCUGCUGUCCCGCUGGACCUCCAGGAAGUGGAGAGCAAGAUCGAAGGCUUCAAGAGCUUCACCAAGAGGAUGGAUGAGAACAUCGUGGUCGUGAACACCACCAUCAGCGAGUUCGCUCGCAAGCAGAUGACAGGGUUUAAGAAGGAGUACCAGAAAGUGGGACAGUCCUUCGCACUCCUUGGGCAGGCGUUCGAGCUGGACCAGCAGACCUACUCGGCGGGCCUGAACAGAGCCAUCGCCUACACCGGCGAGGCCUAUGAGGCGGUGGGAGAGUAUUUCGCUGAGCAGCCGCGCCAGGACUUGGCUCCUAUUUCUGACCUGCUGGACCUCUACAGAGGACACCUGGCCAACUUUCCGGACAUCAUCCACGUGCAGAAAGGUGCACUGACCAAGGUCAAAGACUGUCCAAAGCAGGAAGGCGAGCUCCACGACCGCUGCAACAUCAUUUCCUGCGCCACGCUCGCAGAGAUCCAGCACUUCCACCGCACCCGCGUACGGGACUUCCGCUCCCAGAUGCAGCACCACCUCCGGGAGCAGAUCGUCUUCUUCCAGAAGAUCACGGCCAAGCUGGAGGAUGCGCUUCAGAAAUAUGACGAUGACCAGUAGGAAGGCAUGGGGAGAGAACAGAGGAGUUGGACUUCAA